ACCCAAACCAGUACCAUGGCCAAACAAAACCAACUCUCAGUCCUCAUAUCAGCCAUCCUUUUGGUCAUUAUAGUUUCUGUUUCGGAAACUCUUUGUCGCCCUCUUGGAGAGGAACACUUGCUAAAGCAACAUGAGGAGUGGAUGGCAAUCCAUGGGCGCGUCUACAAGGACGCGGCCGAAAAGGCCAAACGGUACGAGAUAUUUAAAGAGAAUGUUAAGCGCAUCAAUGCCUUUAACGAUGGUAAAGAUGUGGGGUAUAAACUUGCUGCGAACAAGUUCACGGACCUAACCAACGAGGAGUUCCGUGCUUCCUACACCGGCUACAAGAGGACGCCCAACAGGGUCGUGUCCUCUAUGGAUGCAAAACCGUUCAAGUAUGCGAACUUCACCGCCAUCCCACCUGCCUUGGACUGGCGAACCAAGAAGGCUGUGACAUCUGUCAAGGAUCAAGGUGGCUGUGGAAGCUGCUGGGCAUUCUCGGCAGUGGGGGCUAUGGAAGGGAUUACCAUGCUCAAGAAGGGGAAGUUGGUGUCACUCUCGGUGCAAGAACUUGUGGAUUGUGACGUUAACGGUAUCGACCAAGGCUGUGGGGGCGGGCUCAUGGACAGCGCCUUUGAGUUCAUUAAAAGCAAUGGUGGCCUCACAACGGAGGCGAACUACCCUUACCGGGGGAAUGACGGGACCUGCAACUCAGCCAAGACCGCUGACCACUCCGCCUCGAUAACCGGAUACCAGGACGUGCCGGUCAACAGUGAGAAGGCCCUCUUGCAGGCUGUGGCGAACCAGCCGGUCUCGGUGGCAAUCGAGGGGGGAGGGUUCGAGUUCCAGUUCUACUCGAGCGGCGUGUUCACGGGCUCGUGCGGGACCAACAUCGACCAUGCAGUCACGGCGGUCGGGUACGGGAAGACCUCUGGCGGGACCAAGUAUUGGCUGCUGAAGAAUUCUUGGGGCACCGGGUGGGGCGAGAACGGGUACAUGAGGAUCCAGAAGGAUGUGAGCUCCAAGGCUGGUCUCUGUGGUCUUGCCACGAAAGCUUCUUACCCAACUGCAUGAAGAAAGAAGAAGAUUAAUAAUAUAUGUAAUACUGGUUCUUAGGCUCUGUGUAUGUAUGAAAUAAUGUCUUGCGUCUGUGUUAAAUAGGCGAGUGUAAGAGACAAGACGUCUCUAGGGUCUGCCAACCAAACUUGGUUCUAAGUGUUCGAAUAAAUGUGUGGGACGAGAUGAAGAACAUAGUCCCGUGAAUUGAAUGGAAUAGUUUCGUCGGCGUGAUUUUAAGUA